UACUAAAAUCAACUUGUUUUUAUAAACUGAUAUUGUUUGAACCUUGGUGCAAUCGACCUAGCGAGAAGCUACCUUUUACCUGGGGCAACUGGAAAAGAGAUCAAUACUUUGUCUAAAUAUGUUCCUGGUGUUGUAUACACUAGCCGCAGAUCGUCACUGCAGUCCGACUGAAUAGGAACGAGCUUUUACUGCUAGCAACAUGGCAUCCAUUGUUUUACUGAGUCUGUUCUUUGUGUUACAAGCACAACUGACAGGUGGUCUAGUUCACAUGUCAGCUAACCCCAGCGUGAUUGAUCUCGGUCUGACGUCACUGACCGUCAGGUGUGACCUAAACCAGGUCGACCAGCACAACAUGUCCGCCAUCUUGUCCAUCAUCGUAUCCCGCGCUGCCAACAGUUCCAGCACCUACACAGAACUGGCCUCAGUGGUCGCGUUUGCAGGUCAACCUGUCCGUGUUCUGUCGUCUGAAGGUCUGACAGCCAACGGCUCCAUAGACAUUGGUUCUAAUUCUUUUCUGGAGCUACAGUGGGAGCACCCCACAGAGAAGCAGAAUGGACACUAUAUGUGCGCCUGCCAGGGACUGGAUAUUAUCGGACAUAAUGUUAACGUCAUGGCUGGAACUGACGUCACAAGCAGACGUCCAGGCAGUGACCAGCUCCUGGAGAAGAUACGAGAGCUGGAUGUUGACUUGAAGCUGGCCAAACAAGAUAUUACAGAUUUAAACAGUCUGGUGACGGUUCUCAUUCACAACAUGUCACAUUCUGAAUCCAUCAGCAUGGCAGCACAGGCAAACAUUCAACUGCUGCAGCACUACAACAGUGCAAUGGAAGAAGACAGGAAGAGUUGGCUUUUUAGUUAUAGUGUCCAUGACAGAAACACAACCUAUUCUUUAACUAGACAACCCUACAUGACCGUGGCAACCGCUGAGUUUUUGUGUCAACGUUAUGGAGGUUACCUGGUUGAAAUAGACGACGCUAGAGAGUAUCACGUGGUGCAGGGUCUAUUAAACUACACUGAUUACGUAUCAUACUACAUCUACACGGGGAUUUACAAGGAACGCCCUGAAGGAACAUUUAAAUUUAGACGUAGUCAGAAACCGGCACAGUUUUUUAAUUGGUAUCCUGAUCAGCCAACUGACCGUCCUUUUGAGAACUGCGUUUUCUUGUUGCCUGAACACAAUUCCACCAUGUAUCUUUCAAGGUGCAAUACUAAUAACGUUCAAGCUGUUUGUGAAUUCCCAGACUCCUCAAAUUAGAAUAACGAAAGAAGAGUGUCAUAGGCGUA